AUGGCUAACCCUCUUUUUGAUUUGUUUAUAAAUUAUAAAUUUGCUAAAGUCAUAUGGGACAGUUUGGAGAAAAAUAUAGUGCAGAUGAUGCGGGAAAAGAAGUAUGUAGUUGGAAAGUGGAUCAAGUUUCAGAUGGUUGAUGAUAAGCCAAUCAUGGAGCAGGUUCAUGAGUAUGAGAACUUGACUGCUGAUGUUUUGAACGAAGGCAUGGAGAUGUGUGAGAUUCUUCAAGCUAAUGUUCUGCUUGAAAAGUUUUCACCUUCCUGGAGUGAUUACAUGAAUCAACUGAAACACAAGAAAAAAAACUUAACUCUUCAAGAAUUGAUCAGUCACAUGAGGACUGAGGAAGCAAACCGUCUCAAAGAUGAGGAGGCAGAACGACUUAAGGAUAAGAUGAAAUCUCUCUCUCUCUUAAUUCUUCUAAAGUUAUCCUUGUGGAAUCUGCUAUGCAACCAAAGACAAGGACAACGCUCGAAGCAGGGAGGGAAAUCUCCGGUCCAAGAUAACCUUACUGAAAGUGGUGAUGUGAUUGCUGCUGUGGUCGUUGAGGUAAAUAUGGUGUCUAACAAGACUGAUUGGAUACUGGACACAGGCGCUUCAAGACACCUCUGCGCCAAUAAGGAAUUAUUUCAUGACUUUGAGGAGUCUACCGAUGGAGAGUGUGUCUACAUGGAUAACUAUGGAAACUUAAUUUCUGGUGCACUUCUCAACAAAGCAGGCCUUACACUUAUUUUUGAAUCUGAUAAAAUUAUUAUUUCUCGUGGAGGAGACUUUGUUGGGAAGGGUUACCUCAAUGGAGGACCCAAGACUUUUGAUGCCGUUUUUAUUGGUUAUGCUCAAAACAGUGCUGCAUAUAGAUUUCUAUCUUUGAAUGAUCAUUCUAUUUGUGAAUCUAGAGAUGCAGAAUAUUUUGAGCAUAUUUUUCUAUUGAAAGAUAUUGUUCCUACUGAUGUGCCUAAUAAUACUUCUACAUCUAUGUCUUAA